AUGGUGCAAAAAGAUGGUGUCGCUGCGUCCAUUGUCGACCGAAAUGUUUCUUCUGGUUCGUCAGUCAUCCGCGCGAUCCCCUCGCACGAUGUCCAUCGCAUCACUAGCGGACAGGUGGUGCUCGAUCUACAGACUGCAGUAAAGGAGCUGGUAGAAAAUGCGCUGGAUGCUUCGGCGACAAAUAUUGCUGUCAACUUUCGAGACUAUGGCGCCGACUCGUUCGAGGUGGUUGACAAUGGAACGGGUAUCGACGCUUCCAAUUACGCCAAUGUGGCUCUCAAGCAUUACACCAGCAAGCUGUCCUCGUUCUCGGAUCUGUCCCUUGUGCGAACAUUUGGAUUUCGUGGAGAAGCGCUCUCCUCACUGUGCGCUCUGGCCAAGGUGACGAUCCACACUGCCACUUCAGACCAGGCACCCAUGGGUACCAUCCUGCAGCUUGGAAAGUCUGGCAAAGUCGAGAGCGACACCGGAAGAGCUGCAAGGCAGAGGGGCACCACGAUCAUCGUAGAGGGCCUCUUCAAGGUGCUUCCGGUUCGACGCAAAGAGUUUGAAAAGAAUCUCAAACGCGAAUAUACCAAAACCCAGAAUCUGCUGCAGGCUUACGCUCUCAUCACCAAGGGGGUUCGAUGGACAUCUACCAAUACACCUGCUGGAGGUCGCAAAACACCCCAAUUUAGCGUCAACUCCUCCACCUCUGACAACUACCUUUCAGCCAACGUCUCGGCACUUUUUGGUGCAAAAGUGGUGCCCACCCUCAUGCCCCUGAAUCUCGAGCUCACCUUUUCUGUAGCCAGGUCUCCUAACAAACUCAUCCAACAUACUGUAGAAGCUCACGGCGACAAUGACGACGAGGAAAUUUUGCCGGGCGACGAAUCAUCGACUGUUAACGUCAUGGGUCUGAUCAGCAAGCCCAUUCACGGUUCUGGUCGCACCUCUUCCGAUCGACAGUUCUUCUACAUCAACGGACGUCCUUGGGAUGCAGGUCGAGUCGGUCGAGCCUUCAACGAGGUCUACAAGUCGUACAACUCGAAUCAUUUCCCCUUUGUCGCGGCCGAUUUCCGCUUGCCAACUGAUUCGUACGACGUCAACAUCACCCCUGACAAGCGUACUAUUUUUCUACACGAGGAGAAUCGGCUCAUAGAAAAGGUCAAGCAAGCGCUCGAGGAGCUGUUUGCUCCAAGUAGGGCCACUUUUUUCGUCAACGGAGCCAGUCACUCUCUUCGCAAUGGCAGCGGAGUGACAAGAUUGAGCGCACAGUCCAGGCUAGGUGGCUUUACAGCCAAGACAGACGAUGAGCCAAUGGCUGAUGACCUAGCUCUGCAUCCUGAGAUUGAUCCAGCAGCCGAGUCAGAUGAAGACCCAGAGGACGCGCAGACGCACCAAGAUGUGGGUCAAUAUGCUCAGCAAGCCGACAGUGAUAGCGAGGAAGCUGAACCAUAUGCUAAAGUACGGUCUCUCUCUGGCGCCUCUCACGCUAUCGACCUCGAAUAUCGCGAGGACUCGAAUUCCCCUUCCCCUCUCAACGGUCAAGGGCGUGUAGAACAGGCUGAUGAUGACAGAAGCGAGGCUGAUAUACCAGCACUAUCGGCGCCCGAGCCGGACUCACCAUGUCACGACUCCUCAAAGCGCGAGUAUGAUGGGGUUCUUGAUACGAACCAGGCGUCCUGUGCACCUACUAAAAGGCAGCGUGUAGUGCAGUCUUUAGCGAAGGAGCCAGAAUCACCAGCCUCAGAACAAUCGCACAACAACGCUCAUUUCGUCUUGGCCUCGCUGCGAACGUUUGCACUUCCCGGAACCCAAAUCGCGGACCAUCUGCCCGUGUCAAAUUGGAUGGCUGUUGGAAACCAAGACGAACAGUCGACUCCCAUGGCAAUGGCUGGAGAAAAGGCAGAUAUGUCUUCCGAAGAGGAUCUGGAAUUCGAUCAUCCCGUGGCUCAAGUAGCGGCGAUAGAUGAUGACCAGGUUGAAUGUGCGGACGAGCCUUUGUCCAACAAGUUCGCAUCGAUGCGUAAAGACGCUGCUGUCAGUGAUCUGAUCGAGCACGAACAGAUCAUCUCGUUCGAUCUCGAUCGUUUGCAGCAGCGACUUCUCCAACGACGGACGCCGUCCUGGUCAACACCAUCUGGACUGCCUGCGUCUGAGAGAGAAGAACUGUUGCAAGGCGCUGGAGUGGAAAACCAAGACGAAGCUCAAGUCGAACGAGCGCUUUCCCGCGUCAUUCACAAAGACGAUUUUGCGGCUAUGGAAGUCAUUGGGCAGUUCAACCUGGGAUUCAUCAUUGCGCGACGUCGAACUCGGCCAGAUUCGUCGUCACACGAUAUGGACGACCUCUUCAUUGUCGAUCAACACGCCUCUGAUGAAAAGUUUAACUUUGAGACGCUUCAACUUACCACACAAAUUCGUUCUCAGAAGCUCAUCGUUCCGCGUCCUCUCGAGCUCUCUGCUUCUGACGAGUUGGUCGCCAUCGAGCAUCAGGAGACGCUGCUUUCUAACGGCUUCGAUAUCUCCGUCUCUGAGACUGGCCUUCCUGGCACAAGGGCCAAGCUCGUUGCUCAGCCGAUCAGCAAGGCAACCGUGUUUGGCGUCAAAGAUCUCGAAGAGCUGCUUUACCUGCUCAGGGAUACCUCGGCAGGCUCGGAAGCAGCCAGAAGUAUCCGGUGCAGCAAAGCAAGGGCCAUGUUUGCCAGCAGGGCCUGCAGAAAGUCGAUCAUGAUCGGCACUGCGUUGACCAGAGGUAGAAUGAAGUCCGUGUUGAACAACAUGGGCACAAUCGAGCAGCCUUGGAACUGCCCACAUGGGCGUCCCACGAUGCGCCAUCUGGUGUGCCUGAAGACGGUCGAUGCUGAAGGACAGGCAAGAAAAGCUCAAAGUGAUGAGAAUCCCAGCUGGGAAGAGCUGGUCGAAUGUCUAGCCUAG